AAAACAAACUGAAGACUAGUUUAUUCUCGGAGGACUUUAAAGUUUUGGUUUUUUUUCUUCGAUAGUUUUUGUUUUCUCGGUGAAAGGAACAGAAAAAGAAGCGAUGAAGUACAUUAUAGGAAUUGGCGGUGUCACAAAUGGUGGUAAAACCACUUUGACCAACAAACUGAUCAAGACUUUGCCAAACUGCUGUGUUGUUCACCAGGAUGACUUUUUCAAGAAACCCGAUCACAUACAAGUCGGGGAGGAUGGAUUUAAACAAUGGGACGUGAUCACAGCGUUGGAUAUGGAAGCCAUGACCAACACCAUAAAGGGCUGGAUGGAGAACCCGGUGAAGUUUGCGCGCUCGCAUGGGGUCGCCCUGUCCCCGGUGCCGGCCGUGGCGAGCAGCGAGGAGCAGGUUCACAUCCUGAUUGUGGAGGGCUUUCUGCUGUACAACUACGCGCCCCUGCUGGAGGCCUUUGACAAGUGCUACUACAUCAGCAUCCCCUACGAGGACUGCAAGAGGAGGAGAAGUACGAGGCAGUACACCGUCCCAGACCCCCCCGGCCUGUUUGAUGGUCACGUGUGGCCCAUGUACCAGAAACACAGACGGCAGAUGGAGGACAGCGGCUUAAACAUCGAGUAUCUGGAUGGUGUGAAAUCCAAAGAGGACCUCUACAACCAGGUCUACCAAGAUAUUCAGAACAACCUGCUGAAUCGUUUAUAGCAGGAAGAAUGUGACCUUCUUCUGUACAGGACGUGUAAAUAGCAUCUUUUUGUUCUUUUUAUGAAGAAUUUUGAAAAUGUUAACUUAUGUUUUUAUCUACUGUUUGGGUUUUUUAUUUCAUAACAUUUGUUCUCAUUUCCAUAUUUGUCUGACUUUUAUCGGACCGUUUGGAUCCAAACGCAAAUAAAAAAAUUUCAAACAAGUGAAAA